AUGUUUACAACUCGAUUACUAAGAUUCUCAAGAUUUUAUUCUAGCGUUUCCUCAUCCCUUAAGACAGUGGAUGGCUUUGUUGGCGCGAUAGGAAAUACUCCUUUGAUACGACUAAAUGGAGUAAGUAAAGAAACAGGAUCAGAAAUUUUUGGAAAAGCCGAAUUUAUGAAUCCUGGUGGCUCGGUAAAAGAUCGUGCUGCUUUAUUUGUGGUUAAAGAUGCGGAGGAGAAAGGUCUACUCAAGCCAGGCGGUACUGUUGUGGAAGGUACAGCUGGUAACACGGGUAUAGGGCUUGCUCAUGUUUGUAGAUCAAGAGGAUAUAAUUGCGUGAUUUACAUGCCAAACACUCAAAGUCAAGAAAAAAUUGACCUACUUCGAAUGUUGGGAGCGGAAGUUUAUCCAGUUCCAGCAGUCGCUUUUGAGAAUCCAGAAAAUUAUAAUCAUCAAGCCCGACGACAUGCAGAAAAAACCUCGAAUGCUGUUUGGACGAAUCAGUUUGAUAAUAUUGCAAAUCGACGCUCUCACUUAGAAACCACUGGACCAGAAAUUUGGGAACAAACCGAUGGCCUUGUAGACGGAUUCACGUGCGCUACCGGUACUGGUGGCACUCUUGCAGGUGUUACUCGCUUCUUGAAAGAAAAGAAUCAAAAGGUUAAAUCAUUCAUUGCUGACCCCCCGGGUUCCGUCUUAUAUAGUUACUUCAAGAGUGGCGGAAAGUUAACGGAGCGUUCAGGAAGCUCGAUAACCGAAGGAAUAGGUCAGGGGCGCGUGACCACCAAUCUUCAGCAAGAUUUGGAUUUGAUUGAUGAUGCAUUAUAUAUUUCGGAUGAGAAAUCUAUCGAAAUGGUGUACAGAAUGCUGGAUGAGGAAGGUCUCUACAUGGGCGCAUCGACAGCAUUAAAUGUUGUAGCUGCGGUCGAGAUGGCCAAAAUACUAGGUCCAGGUAAGAAAAUUGUAACCAUCCUUUGUGAUGGUGCAUAUAGAUAUCAAACGCGGUUAUUUAGUCGAAAAUGGUUAGAAAGUAAGGGACUCCUCCACGCAAUUCCAGAACAUUUACAAAAAUAUAUU